GUGACGUGUUUUACUUCGGUUUUCGCUGUCAUGCAGAUUUCGCCUGAUGAGUUUAAAAGAAAAAAACAUCCCUUAUAUGUGUAAAUAAUUAUAUACAGUAAGUAGAAGGUUUAUAGUGAAACUCAGGCGUGAAAACGGUUUUAUACUGAAAUCACACACACACACACACACACCUGCCUCUAUUGUACAGUUAACACUACACUUCAUUUACUUGUGUGUGUGUGUGUGUGUGUGUGUGUGUGUGUGUGUGUGUGAGAGAGAGAGGACAUGGCGUGUUCCAGAGUUCCGUUAGAUGAGCAGCAUGUGACAGAGGUUUUAGGACCUCAAAGCAGAGAGAGAACACUCCCAGCUCUGCACCCUGAGCGUAAGGAGGACCGGGGGUUUAUACCAUACACUCCACCCCUUGCGGAUCACUCACCUGCUCAGGUGGAGGAGUUUUUGGAGCAUGCUCAGUUCAUCUCAGAGGAUCUGGAGUGGCUGCUCUCUUUACCUCACGACAAGUUCUGGUGUCAGGUGGUGUUUGAUGAGUCUUUACAGCGGUGUUUAGACUCGUACUUGCGUCUGGCUCCUCGUGGUAUCGACUCGUCCUGUCUGUCGUUUGCUCCUGCUGUGUCUGAGUUACAGCGCCGUCUUCAUCGCUCCGUCUUCAUGGUCUUCCUCAGGAUGGCAACACACAAAGAGUCUAAGGAGAACUUCAUCACUCCUGCUGUGUUUGGAGAAAUUAUCUACGACAACUUCCUCUUCGACAUUCCCAAAAUCUUGGACCUGUGUGUGUUGUUUGGCAGAGGAAAUUCCCAUCUGCUGCACAAAAUGAUCGAGAACAUCUUCACACAGCAGCCCAGUUACUACGGCGACCUGAAUGAGACUGUUCCCUCCAUCAUACAGGUGUUUAACACCAUACUGGAGAAAUGUGGACUGCAGUCAGGGGACAUUGCUGACAAUGAGCCUGUCAAACUCAACACACACACAUGCUUCACUGCCAUGACCAUGAGAGAGGAGGAUCUCUCUGACCUGGUGUUCUACCUGUGUGACACCUGCACCACUGUUCACUGCUUCCUGGACAUUUUUCCUGAAGCGUGUCACACCUUUCACAAGCAUGGCUUCCUCAACAGACUCUCCUCUUUCUAUGAGGCAGCGGUGCUUGAUAUGGAGAAAGCAGUGAGGAAAAGGAUCUUUGAUAAAUGUGUACAGGAGGAUCUGUGGAGGAGGCUUUCUCACUCCUGCAGGAGAAUGGUGGAUAUCACACACAUACUGCUCCAACACACCUGUCUACAGCCCAUACUGGAGGGCUCUGAGAACACGGCCACUCAUGUGGAGGAAUUUCUUCAAAUCUUCACAGCAUUCCUGCAGGAGAAAAGGUUCCUGGCUGAUUAUGAUGAGGUGUAUCCUGUAGCUGAGGACAUCAGUCUCCUUCAGCAGGCCUUCCCUCACCUAGACGACACUAGGACAUCGUACUUGUUGCAUGCCGUUGAAUCUGCUUGGGAGAGUACAGGAAAGAAAAGACCACACACCCUGUCAGCCAAUCACAAUGCAGAACCCAGCAGCAAAGCAGACUGGGAUACCCGCUCCUUCCCGAACAUGGCAGAAGAAAAGGGGGCGGAGCUAAAGGGGGCGGAGUGUAUGAUUGACGUUCCUCACAAGGGAGAUAAUGGGGCAGUGUGCAGUUUGAGUGCUGGAGAGCUGGAGUCUCUGCUCUCUCACAUCAGAGACUUGCUGCCGGAUUUAGGUGAGGGCUUUGUGAUGUCUUGCCUGGAGACGUACGGCUACGAUGGUGAACUGGUCAUCAACAACAUCCUGGAGAACCGCCUGACUCCUGAGCUGAGGAACCUCGACAGGAACAUGCCAAGGCCGGUGAAGGAAACUCCGCCCCCUGUACUCAGCUCCAGAUCCAAUGUGUUUGAUGAUGACGAGUUUGACGUGUUUUCCCGGGAGAAGGUGGACAUGAGUCGUGUGUGGAGGGGCAGGAGACAGGGAGAGAGCACACGUGAUAUGCUCAAUGACAAACAGCACAUUAAUGAUCAGAGGGACAGAUAUCGCUCCUACCAAACUGUUGUGGAUGAGGUUCUCAUAGCAACGGACAGUAACCAAGACAACGCUUAUCUCAUUGAUGACUAUGAUGAUGACUAUGAUGACACGUAUGACAUCAACCAGGUGGGAGCCAACGACCUGGACGAGGACGCUGAGCUGCUGAGUCGCAGGCCAUUUACAACCCCUCUGGUGCUCAGAGCCUCAGCAAAGCAGGAGGAAGAGGAGGAUGAAGGAGGGGAGGAGGGAGAGGAAGAGGAGAAGGAGUCAGCAGUAAAGCGGGAUCAGUUUGUGCAGGACCCAGCUGUGUUGAGAGAGAGAGCCGAGGCCCGACGAGCCGCCAUGCAGAACAGGAGAGGCUACAGAGCUCCACCCCCAAGCAAUGUGGUGGGCGGUCCAAAGGGGCGGGGCCAGACUGCGGAGACACUCAUCGAUCGCCGCAAGAAGGAAGCACACAAGGGACGAGGAGCCAAUCACAAUCGUCGAUCGCUGGCAGACAGGAAGAGGAACAAGAGCAUGAUCCCAUCAUGAUGCAGUUUUGUUGCCAUGGUGAUGCAUAUCAUCACCUAGUUGCCAGAUAUUUGCCUUUUUCCACAAGAUUUUUAUUACCAUAAAGACAGGAUUGUGUCCUGAUCCAGGAGCGGUGAUGGUGUAGGGGACAGAGAGGUUUACUCCACACACCUGUGAUCAUGUCACACUUUAUAUCACAAGAAUCCAGUAGCAGUUUAUCUCUGAUUGUGAUGUUUAUCACCAUAAAUCAUAUAAUCUGUGUUCAGUUGUGGGACGAGACGACUAGAGCACAAACAAUGUCCUUUAAUAACAAACACAUUCUUUUACUUAAUAGAUUUAAAAAUACAUUAAGCUGAAAGUGCUUUGCUCCAAAAAUCUGCUGUGUAGCUCCGCCCCCUACGCAGGCCGCCUCCUACCUCAUUCUGAAGUAACCAUGGCAACAAUAUUGUGAUUGCAAUGAGAUGUUUAACUGAUUAUCACCCUGUGAAAUGAGAGAGAGAGUGAGAGAGUGAGAGAGAGAGAGAGAGAGUCGCAUUUGAGAACUUCCACUUUUACAAAAACACAUUUUGGAAAAUGAUGUAAACUUCAAAUUGGAAAUAAUAAAUACUGUUCUGAAGACUUCA